UGUGCUAGGGAACAGCACUGAGGCAGUGAAGCAUCCAAGCUACUAAUGUUAGGAUUGGAGGGUAUUGCUUUCGAUGACAAUACCAGACCCUAAGAGGCCGACAGUCUGGAUACAGCAUGACAGGACAGACUGCAGGAGGUUGUGAGGGCUGCUGAAGAUGUCAGAUAGUCUGGAUGCUGAAGAGAAACCUCCAGCCCCUCCACUGAGAAUGAACAGCAACAACCGCGAUUCUUCAGCAGUGAACCACGGCUCCAAACCUCUCCCCAUGGCUCCAGAAGAGAAGAACAAGAAAGCUCGGCUCCGUUCCAUCUUUCCAGGAGGGGAUAAAACCAAUAAGAAGAAGGAGAAAGAACGUCCUGAAAUCUCUCUCCCUUCAGACUUCGAACACACGAUCCAUGUGGGGUUUGAUGCAGUCACUGGGGAAUUCACACCAGAUCUCUAUGGCUCACAGAUGUGCACAGGGAAGUUUCCAGAGGGGAUUCCGGAGCAGUGGGCUAGGCUGCUGCAGACCUCCAAUAUAACAAAACUGGAACAGAAGAAGAACCCUCAAGCUGUUCUGGAUGUUCUCAAAUUCUAUGAUUCCAAAGAGACAGUAAACAACCAGAAAUAUAUGAGCUUUACAUCUGGAGAUAAAAGUGCCCAUGGAUAUAUCGCAGCCCAUCCUUCGACCACAAAGACUGCAUCAGAACCUCCACUGGCUCCCCCAGUUUCUGAAGAGGAGGAUGAGGAAGAAGAAGAUGAUGAUGAUGACAAUGAGCCGCCACCUGUUAUUGCCCCACGACCAGAGCAUACAAAAUCAAUUUACACACGUUCUGUCAUUGAACCUGUUGCGGCUCCAGCCCCGGUGAAAGAACCUACAACCCCUCAACCUGAGAAUUCCAACUCAAACACCUUGUAUAGAAAUACAGAUCGGCAGCGGAAAAAAUCCAAGAUGACUGAUGAGGAGAUCCUAGAGAAAUUAAGAAGCAUUGUAAGUGUUGGAGACCCGAAAAAGAAAUAUACAAGGUUUGAAAAAAUUGGCCAGGGAGCUUCAGGUACAGUUUAUACAGCGAUAGACGUUGCCACAGGGCAGGAGGUGGCUAUAAAGCAAAUGAAUCUCCAGCAACAACCCAAAAAGGAAUUAAUAAUCAAUGAAAUCCUGGUCAUGAGGGAAAAUAAGAAUUCCAACAUAGUUAACUACUUAGAUAGUUACCUUGUUGGUGAUGAACUUUGGGUGGUAAUGGAGUACUUGGCUGGUGGCUCUUUGACUGACGUUGUUACAGAAACCUGCAUGGAUGAAGGGCAGAUAGCUGCUGUCUGUAGAGAGUGCCUGCAAGCGCUGGAUUUCUUGCAUUCAAACCAAGUGAUCCAUAGAGACAUCAAGAGUGACAACAUUCUUCUUGGGAUGGAUGGAUCUGUCAAACUCACUGACUUCGGCUUCUGUGCUCAGAUCACUCCCGAGCAGAGUAAACGGAGCACAAUGGUGGGUACCCCCUACUGGAUGGCUCCUGAAGUGGUGACAAGAAAGGCAUAUGGGCCCAAAGUGGACAUCUGGUCUUUAGGGAUCAUGGCCAUAGAAAUGGUGGAAGGAGAACCUCCAUAUCUCAAUGAAAAUCCUCUCAGGGCCUUGUAUUUGAUAGCUACAAAUGGGACUCCAGAACUCCAGAAUCCCGAGAGACUCUCUGCUGUUUUCCGUGACUUUCUGAACCGCUGUCUGGAGAUGGAUGUUGACAGGCGAGGGUCUGCGAAAGAGCUCUUGCAGCAUCCAUUUUUAAAACUGGCCAAGCCGCUCUCCAGCCUGACUCCCUUGAUCAUCGCAGCCAAGGAGGCCAUAAAGAACAGUAGUCGCUAGUGCGCUGAGUUGUGUGUGCCCAAUUCCUCCACGGCAGGACUGGACAAAAACUAAGUAGAGCCUCAGACUCUUCUGCCGGAGGAUGGGCAGGCAGAAACCGACACUCUCACAGUCUACGGUGGGAGGGAGGGAGGCAGCAGCCUUCUGCCCCUUCCCCUGGAAAAGAAACCUAUCACGUAUCUUCUUCCCACUCUACAAUUCCACAAUUUAUUUCUGAAUGGGAGCCUGAUUGAGAGGGGCAGGACUGGAAGCCUCUGUGCUCUUUUGGCCAUUUCCAGAGCACUGAUGGCACAACCCAACCAGCACCCAACCAGGCAGAAGUGAUAGGCCCAAACAUCCUGCCCUCCCCAUUUU